ACACUGCGCCCCCUGGAGGCCGCAUGCAUUACAACGUCAGCUACGUAAUAUGCAGAGGGCAAAGGUCAAGUCAUUAAUGAAGAUUCCGCCACCGUAGCAGCCUCACAUACUGUCGCACUUGUUUGUUAUUUUAAGGGGGAACUCACAGAAACGGGCGAGCUGCACCCCAGCCGAACUGGAAGAAGUCAUGGCACGUCUGGUAGCAGUUUGCAGGGAAGGGGAAGAGGACUACCCGUUUCUCGCCAGACAGAUCCCCCUGUGUAUUGAUGAUACGCUCACGAUGGUGAUGGAAUUUUCUGAUUGUGUCAUGGAUGUUGACCGCCAAGAAAUUAGCAUGUCUCAUUGGAAACAAUUUUCUGAGUAUCACUCCAAGUUGAAGCAACAGGACUUGAAUAUUGCCCUGAUGGUGACCUCCAGAGAGGUGUACAGUGCAUUAUCUCAGCUGGUGCCAUGCGUGGGCUGCAGACGAAGUGUGGAGCGCCUCUUCUCACAUUUGGUGGAAUCAGGGAACCCAGCCCUGGAGCCCCUCACACUGAAACCCACGGGCAUGCUCUCUGUCACCAAAGCCUGUUUAGCAGAUGUGAAGAAGCUCUACAACCUUUUCUACGUCCACGGGUCAAAGUUGAAUGACAUGAUUGAUGCCAUUCCAAAAAGCAAAAAGAACAAACGCUGCCAGUUACACUCCUUAGACACACACAAACCUAAACCUUUGGGUGGAAGUUGGAUGGAUGUGUGGGAGCUGAUGUCUCAGGAGUGCAGAGAUGAGGUGGUCCUCAUAGAUAAUGCUUGUCUCUUAGAGACACUGGAGACAUACUUGCGUAAACACAGGUUUUGCACUGACUGUAAGAAUAAAGUGCUGAGGGCAUACAACAUCCUGGUGGGGGAGUUGGACUGCAGUAAAGAGAACGGGUAUUGUGCUGCCUUGUAUGAGGGACUAUGCUGUUGCCCCCACGAACGCCACAUCCAUGUGUGCUGUGAGACUGACUUCAUUGCUCAUCUCCUCGGCCGGGCAGAGCCUGAGUUUGCAGGAGGCUAUGAACGCAGAGAGCGACAUGCCAAGACCAUUGACAUUGCACAAGAAGAAGUCCUGACCUGUCUGGGUAUUCACCUGUAUGAGCGGCUGCACAGGAUCUGGCAGAAACUCCGAGCAGAGGAGCAGACCUGGCAGAUACUGUUCCAUUUGGGAAUUGAUGCACUACGCAAAAGUUUUGAGAUGGCCGUGGAGAAAAUGCAGGGCAUCAGUCGGCUAGAGCAGUUUGUUGAGGAGCUGUCUGAGGAGGAGAGGGCCAAAGAACUGAAGCAGGAGAAAAAGAGGCAAAAGCGCAAAAAUCGUCGCAAAAACAAGUGUGGCUUUGACAUAUCCGAACAGGAGGAAGAGGACAAGGAGAAAAAUCUGGAUGAGGGUUCUCUUGAGUCUGUGGAGGGCGCUUGCAAGGUCUGUGGUAGCCAUGAUGAGUACGAGGAGGCCAGAUGUGUUCAGAGCGUCGUCACCAAUGGAAGCAUUUCCUGUAGCUGCAGAGACAACAUGAAACAGGACCGAGAGAAAAAAGAGAGACAGUUCAGUACGUCCCCAGCAGCCGUACUGAACUGCAGUCUGCAGCGGGUGUCUCGUGCCAGAGAGAAUUUGUCUCCUCACAGCAAUGGUAGCGACUGCGGCUACUCCUCAAGUAUGGAGGGUAGUGAGACCGGAUCGCGGGAAGGUUCUGAUAUUGCCUGCUCCGAGGGAAUAUGCAACCAUGACGAUGCAGGAGAUGACUCAAAUGCCCAUCGCUGUGCUGAAGACAAGGAGGAGGAUGGAAUAGACAGUUGUGUGGACUGCUGGCCCCACACUGUGGAAAACACUCAAUGCAAGAGUAAAAAGAAGAAAAGGAAGGGCAAGGGUUUAUGCAUUGAUCAGUCAUCAGCAUCAUCGCACACUUGCCGAACCAAAGAAAUCUUUUCCUCCUUAUGUGGCGAUACAUUUGCCAGGAUUGCACUACAGUUACCAUGGACAGUAAAUCAUAAUAAUCUCAACGUUGACGCGAGGUCUCCAGAGGCAAACACAAGUCUCAUGGAACUUCUGGAUGACUCCGAAGUGAUUUCAGAUGAGGAGAAUUAUCUGACACAGGAUGAAAUCCAGGCAUUUUUGGAAAGAAACCAGUCGUUCUACAACAACCGCCACCAGUACCGGCAGCUCCUGAAAGAGAAGUUCACCAACUACUGCCGCACCACUGAGCGGAGCAAGCCGAUCUGUGGAAAGUGGUUCACCACCACCAGUGUCAACUAACUGCACUAAUGGUAUCUUCCCUGGGAAAACACUCGUUACCACUGCUGCAACAUCUUGGGAAAGAUCAAAUUCUGAAGUACAUCUGAUGUCUUAUUCGGUCUUUUCAUCUUUAAAGUAAAUUUGAUUUUUACUUUUUGUUGAUCAUCGCUCUCUUUCACACUUGCACACCAACACACUUUUCUAUCUCAUUGUUUUGGCCACUUUCUCACCCGUAGGUGUUCUCUUUGACCAAGUCUAGCUAUUUGUUGUUGGUUUUCUGUAGGGUUGUUGGGUAAGAGCACAGUGGAAUCAGUAAUCAAGCUUUGCAAGCUGUGUCACUAGGAAAACAUCUUAGUAGUCUUAUUUUAUGUUUUUCUUUUUAAUUGUUUUUGUUUCUCGUUGGUGACACUUCUGUGUAGUGGUAGAAGGUGUCCCAUUAAAUGUGUACAGAAAUUCUAAAUAUAAAGAUUUUACAGAGAAUAAACAUCCAUUUGUAACAAGGAUCUGGGUGUGAUGUUAAGGGCGCACUGUGCAAAAUUUACUAAAUAAAGAAUAUUUAUUAAUAUGCAUUACAAA